CAAAAAUAGAGUUUUUUAGUUUUUGGAUUUUUCCCUUCAUAUUAUAGAGAGAGAGAGAGUGAGACUUUGGUCUUUGGUGGUACAUGAUUAAAGUGUUGUUUCUUUCAAAAGAUGUGUUUGUGGAAAAAGAGUGAGGGGCUCCGUUUAAGACUGAGUUUUCAUUUUUCUCUUUCUGGGUUUGGCUUGAAGCUUAAAAUCCUUUAGUCCAAAACCAGAGAAAAUGUUCUUCUUUUACUACCAUUACUAUCAUUAAGUCAUAAAAAUGAGUCAUUUUUCUAUUUUCUUCUUAUUCUUCUUCGUUCUAUCUUCUGCUACAGUCUGUUUGUCUUAUGAGCCUCGUAACCCUGAAGUGGUAGCAUUGAUAAGUAUAAUGAGAGAAUUGAAUGAUCCGCAUGGGGCGUUGAACAACUGGGAUGAAUACUCUGUUGAUCCUUGUAGCUGGGCUAUGGUCACUUGCUCUUCUGAAAACCUUGUUACGACCCUGGGAGCUCCAAGCCAGUCUUUAUCAGGAACUUUGUCUGGGGCAAUAGGAAAUCUCACCAAUCUUCGCCAAGUGUUGUUGCAAAACAAUAACUUAUCUGGUGAAAUCCCACCCGAGCUGGAGACUCUUCUAAAACUGGAGAUUUUGGAUCUUUCUAACAAUCUAUUUUCCGGUCCAAUUCCAGGGUCAUUUGGACAGUCAAAUAGUUUGCAAUACCUGAGGCUGAACAACAAUAGUUUGUCUGGACCAUUUCCUUCAUCUUUGGCAAAAAUCCCUCAACUUGAUUUCUUGGACCUGUCUUUUAACAAUCUCACAGGACCUGUACCAUUGUUCCUUAACAAACUUUCAAGUAUAAUUUCUUUGCUACAACUAUUUCUUAUCAGUUACUAUAAUUAUUUACUUCUGAACUUUCCAUUUUUACAAACCUGUGGUAGUAUUAUGGGAAAUCCAUUGAUUUGCGGAAGCAGCUCCAGUGAAGUUUGCUCUGGAUCAGCCAAUGUUGUUCCUAUUUCAUUCCUUGGCUCCUCAAAUGGGGAACAAAAAUACAAGAAGUUAGCAAUUGCACUAGGAAUCAGCCUCGGCUUUGCCUCGCUCAUUCUCCUAGCAUUUGCACUACUUUGGCACAGAAAGAAACGCAGAAAGCUUACAGUUCUAAAUAUUAAUGACAAACAAGAAGAGGGCCUCGCAAAACUAGGUAAUCUCAGAAUCUUCACUUUCAGGGAACUACAGCUUGCUACAAACAACUUCAGCUCCAAUAACUUACUGGGCUACGGAGGUUUCGGAAACGUCUAUAAGGGGAAGUUAGGAGACGGUACUCUUGUGGCGGUGAAGCGGCUGAAAGACUUUACAGGAAGUUUUGGCGAGUCGCAGUUCAGGACUGAGUUGGAGAUGAUCAGCUUGGCGGUUCACCGUAAUUUGCUUCGUUUAAUUGGGUAUUGUGCUACCUAUGAUGAGAGACUUCUUGUCUACCCUUUCAUGUCUAACGGCAGUGUUGCAUCCAGGCUUAGAGGAAAACCAGCACUAGACUGGAAUACGAGGAAGAGGAUUGCGAUUGGAGCAGCGGGGGCGCUUCUGUAUCUACACGAGCAAUGUGACCCAAAGAUAAUUCACAGGGACGUGAAGGCUGCUAAUAUCCUUCUGGAUGAUUACUGUGAAGCCAUUGUUGGUGAUUUUGGCCUUGCAAAGCUCCUUGAUCAUGCUGAUUCCCAUGUGACCACUGUUGUCCGUGGCACUGUUGGGCAUAUUGCACCAGAGUACCUCUCAACCGGCCAGUCUUCGGAGAAAACUGACGUGUUUGGAUUCGGCAUUCUCUUGAUAGAGCUUAUUACUGGAAUGAGAGCUCUGAAGAUUGGAAAAACAGUUAGUGAGAAUGGAGCAAUGCUUGAGUGGGUGAAGAAAAUCCAGCAAGAAAAGAAAGUGGAAGCAUUAGUGGACAGAGAGCUAGGGAGCAAGUAUGACAGGAUUGAAGUAGGAGAGAUGCUCCAAGUGGCUUUACUAUGCACUCAAUACCUUCCGGUCCACCGGCCUAAAAUGUCCGAAGUUGUCCGGAUGCUGGAAGGAGAUGGACUUGCUGAGAAAUGGGCAGCAUCGCAUAAUCAUAGUAAUCCCACCAUGAACUUCAGUAGCAAAAGCAUGCCAAACCCUACCAUGGGAUCGAAACAUGAUGGAAAAAAUCAUGAUCAAUCGAGCAACAUGUUAGGCACAAGCAUGGGUGAGGAUGAAGAUGAUGAAUAUUCUUUGGACUACUGUGCCAUGGAACUCUCUGGUCCAAGAUAAACAUCACAACAAGUUUUAUAUGGUUCAAUUUUACUGUUUUAUGCUUUUAUUUGGGUGUUUUGAAUCAUCUGUCUGUCAAAUGGGAAAGUUACAAAGAGCAGCACAAUAGGAGUUGAAUAGUGCUUAAGAACAUCAGAUGCUCUGCACUCUGGUCCCAAGUGUGAGACAGUAAUUCAAAACAUUAUGUUUUGACUCUACUCUGUUAAAAAUAAUAAUA